CUCGGCGUUCUUCAGUCCUGGUGGGAGUUCGGGACUAGGCCGGGUCUCGGUCCCGCGGCGAUGGAGAGCGUGUGGCGUGCCUGGGAUGGGCAGCUCAAAGAGAAAGAGCCUGAGACGCCGCGUGCUGAGAAAAUUGUGGUCUCCUGGCUCAGCAAGGCUGAGUGGGAACAAGUGACGGUUUAUUUGUUCUGUGAUGAUCUGAAAUUGCAGCAGUAUGCGCUGAACCGUAUUACGGUAUGGAGGAGCAGGUUAGGUAACGAUCUGCCCCUGGCUGUGGCUUCUACUGCUGACCUGGUUCGAUGUAAGCUCAUGGAUGUAGCUGGUGGCUUGGGCAAUGAUGAACUUAGACUGCUCUAUGGCAUGGCAUUGGUCAGGUUUGUGAAUCUUAUCUCAGAGAGGAAGACAAAAUGUUCUAACCUCCCCCUCAAGUACUUGGCUCAGGAGGUGAACAUCCCGGACUGGAUUGUUGAACUUCGCCAUAAGUUGACCCACAAGAAAAUGCCCCAUCUGAAUGAGUGCCGCAGAGGUUGCUACUUUGUCCUGCAAUGGCUUCAGAAGACAUUCUGGAGUCGCCAAAUGGAGAGCAGCCUGAAAGAAACCUGGGAAUUAGAAGAGGACCAGAUAGAAGCAGAAGAACAAGAAGAAGAAGAAGAGGAAGAGGAAAGUGAAAUUAUCGUUGAUGAGACUGUAGUAGAAGAGAAUCCAGAGCCUCCGGUUGAAGAAAUAAGUGGUGAGGUGGAUGUCAAGGAUGAGACAGACAAUAAAGACCAUGAAGAGGAGUCUGCUACUCCAGAACCUAUUUCAAGACAUAAGGAGUUGUAUGAAAAAGCACGAGAGUUGCUGGUAUCAUAUGAGGAAGAACAGUUUAAGGUGCUGGAGAAAUACAGACAUUUACCUCAGGCUAUUAAGGCGUGGAAUAAUCUUUCCUCACGUGUACAGUGUAUCCUGGAAGAACUCAAGGGGAUCUCGUGGGAGGACAGGGAUGCUGUGCUGGAUGCUUUUCUGGAUGAUGGCUUCCUCGUUCCCACUUUUGAACAGCUGGCAGCUUUGCAGAUAGAGUAUGAAGAUGGUCAGACUGAGGUCCAGAAAGGGGAAGUUACUGAACCAAAUUCACACAAAAACAUCGACUUGAGUGAAGUAUUGGUGCCAAGACCAUUCUCUCAGUUCUGGCAACCCCUGCUGAGGGGCCUGCACACCCAGACCUUCACACAGGCCCUUCUGGAGAGGAUGUUCACCGAGUUGUCUACCCUGGGGAACACUGGGAUCCGAUCUACCUACAUCCUUAGAUGGACCGUUGAACUGAUCGUGGCCAACACCAAGAUUGGACGGAAUGCUCGGUGGUUUUCUGCAAGCCAGUGGGAAGCAAGAAAGAACUGGAGGCUGUUUAAUUGCUCUGCGUCCCUUGACUGGCCCCAUGUGAUUGAGUCCUGCUUGGGCUCACCAUGCUGGGCCAGCCCACAACUCCUUCAGCUAGUCUUUAAAGCCAUGGGACAGGUCUUACCCCAAGAGGAGCAGGAGAAGCUGCUGCGUAUCUGUUCCAUUUAUACUCAGAAUGGAGAGAAUGGGACGGCGAAAGCAGACGAAGGUUCCCCUCCCAUUGGGAAAAGUCCGUACACAUUGGAUAUCUUAUAUAGGGACUUAUAUCCAUCUUUUGUCUACUGUGAGUCUGAAGAAAAUAUUCAACAGAAAGAGCAAGACAGCCCUAUGGAUGCCAUGCAAGGGGAGGAAAAGGAGAAAGAGGAGGAGCAGGAGGAGGAGCAGGAGGAGGAUGAGGAAGAUGAGCAAAAGGUCUUUCAGGAUCAGAAUGUGGAGGAUAUGGAGGAAAUUGAUGACUUUGAAGAAAAAGAAGAGGAAGAGGUGGAUGAGGUUGAAGUUGAGAAUGAGGAUGAAGAAGAUGAUGAUGAUGAUGAAGAGGGAAUGGAGGUGGGGUCUUUUUCUUUCAUGCAGGAAUCCUAUAUUUUUGAGGCUGCUAGGAUCAUGUCCUGGAAAAAAGAAGCUUUGCAGGGUUCAGCAUGGCAAGUAAGCUCUGAAGAUGUGCGGUGGGGUACAUUCCCCAUAGGCCGCACACCAGGUCAGACUGAGGACCCAGGGGAGCUUCUGCUGGACAGUUAUGACACUAUGUAUCUUUUGGACCAACCUGUAAUAGAGCACAGACUAGAACUUCCAAAGUCCAGGAGUGGCAAUAUGCGCCUAAGUUAUGGCAGUAACAAUGCUAACAGCAGCAGUGGCCACAACUUAGAGGGCCGUGUCUGGAGCCAGGAACAAAUGCGUGAGCUCAAAGCUUCUGUGAAACUCUUCUGAUGGCUGUCCUGAUGCAAGUGUUCAUGAAGCCCUGCCAUAGUCACAGCUCAGUCCAGAAUCCACCUAUGGCAGGACUGGACAACCUGGGAAACAUUGAGAUCAGCCAUCAAUUCAGCUUUCCAGCACAAUGAAAAUGUGAAUGAUGCCCCCUCCCUUUCUGUUUUCCUUUGAAAAAUAAUAAACAGAUUUUUGUCAUGGUGUUUGUGAGAUGAGAGAUGUAUGUGUUAGGAUA